UUUGGCUGGGGUAGAUUGCCUAAGUGUUACUUUUUGCCUAUAAGAGAUGGUGCCGGUGGGCAGCAAGUGAAUGAAAGCUGUAGUACAGAGUUACAGAAUGUCAGAGCAGUGCACUACAUAGACCCCGAAUGAGAGAACUCCUUUAUGCACAGAGGCUUGCUUAUUCUGUGGAUCUGGAAUGGGCAGCCCAAGUUUCAGGUUCCUAGCACCAGAAAUGUAUUUUCAGUUGAGGAAGGUUCCGCAUCAGCAAGCCGCACACAUAACACGCGGGACCAGAGCUUUUUUUUUUAAUGCUGGGAAAGAAUGAAGAAAAGCACAGCGUUUAAUGUAAACCAAUCCAUUCGACUCUUAGCAAGCAUACUCUUUUAUUUUAUUAUUCAAUUAUUGCUAGUCAUAUUAUUUGGACUUGAUUUGUAUUAUUUAUUAUCUUCAGUUUAUCUGUUUAACACAUCCUCACAAUUUUUCUAAUUUAACUCUAAAUAAUUUGUCAUUGUUUUUUGAAAGUGUGAUCAUAUCAGAUAAACACAAAAUAUGACCACCUCCACUUUUCUCAUUUUGACCCGCAAACACGUGUUAAUGGAACCUCUUCACAUUAUUUUGUCUGACAAGGGCCUCUGCAUCUCAACCUGUAUUACUAGAUUGACGACAACCUUACAGAGGUCCUUUCUAUGAAGGAGGAGCUCCAGCAAGCUGUCAUUAACAAGAAAUAUAACUUAACAUCAGGUGUAUGUAUGGAAGUGAACUGUAACAGAAUACUCUCCAUGAGUUAUGCCAAUAUACUGUACUAACAGAUUUACCUAACUUUAAUGUUUCAUUUUACUGCAUUUAUUAAUGUUUUUAUUUAAUAUUUCAAUUGAGUUUGUUUCCUUAAAUCGGAUUCGAUUUUGUUGCCAUCCUAGCUUUGUGCGAGUGUACAGUAAAAAGACCACUUCACAUCAGAUUGUCACAACUACUUUUUGUGUACUACUUGCAGUAACCUAAUAUACCCUGCAACUCAUUACAAAUUCUCCCAUUAAGUAAAAGCAAUUGUAUUUAUAUAAUUGCCUUUGUCUCUGUAGGUUCAAUAGGUGUUACACGAACAGAUUUCUCACUAGGCGGCGGUCAUGCACAUUGACAUUCCUCAGGACACUGACCGUUUUGUCCAGAGGCUUAUUCACUACGAUAAUUCUGUUGCAAAACGUUUUUCUAACGGAAGCAAACGGGGGACCUAACUCAAUUUGUCCAAUGGAAACUCAUUUUCGUUAUACAUUUUCCGUUUGGAGUAAAGGAUUUAUGUUGCAAUUCAAACGACGUAAUGAAUACACCCCUGAUGUAGUAGGAGGCUAGAAAAACAACGUGUAAAUCACCAUAGACGGAGUCCACGUCAACUUAUCUGAAGCAGUGUGGUCGGUUACUUAAUGAGGGGAAAGAAAACAACAUAUACUUCGUUUAUCAUCCCGGACAGGAAUUUACUGGUAUUUCGGUCUUGGUGAAUUGUAUCAGCGCGCCUGGGUGAAUUGUUCCCUAUAAAUCUCAAAGUAGUGACUUUCUAGUGCGGAAACCUACUUGAGUCACUCCCCGAAGGGACAUGUAGCUCAGGGCUUCGACUGUUCAAAACUUCGGAAUUCGUAGAUUUGUGAAUAAGAGGCUCAAACUGUGAACCAGAUGUUGAAAAGAUGACCAUUUAUCUUUGGAUCAUACUCUUGGCACAAAGUAGUAGAGCAAUCCAUGGACUCCUGUUCACCAAGAACCCCACCAACCUCACAGUAACCCAGGGCAACACGGCUCGCCUGGGUUGUUGCGUCGAGGGCCUGAGUGAGCCGGAGAUCGUGUGGAUGAAGGAUGGGGAGAAGCUGUACAGCACAGACCAGAUGUACAUCCCCAUCGAGCAACACCACUGGGAGACCUUCCACAGUGUGAAGUCUGUCCAGCAACAGGAUGCAGGGAAGUACUGGUGUGAGGUAGAGUUCCAUGGCUUGACCAUCUCCUCUGAGCCCGCCUGGAUAACAGUCGAGGGUGUCCCCAACUUUAUACUUGAGCCCCAAGAUGUAGCCACGUUCCCUGGGGUGCCCUUUAACCUGACGUGUGCUGCUGUGGGCCCCCCGGACCCUGUGGAGGUGCUCUGGUGGCUGGGGGGAGUACAGAAGGGUGAUGCCACCUCCUCGCCAUCUGUACUCCGUGUUAACGGUGUGAAUAACAGCAUCAAGUUCUACUGCGAAGCCAAGAAUGCCAGAGGUAUCUCAGUAUCGCGAACAGGCACUGUGCACAUUAAAGUCCUCCCAGCAGCCCCUAAAGGUGUGCAGGUGGUCCACAUGGUGGAGAACAAUGUCACGCUGGCCUGGAGCCCAGGCUUCACUGGACACUCUGACCUGUCGGCCUGCACCAUCCAGAUGUCUAAGAACUCUGGGAGGAAGGUGGAACUUCUGGACCAGCGUGUAAAGGUUCCACCAUUCCAACAGAUCCUCAGUGGGCUGAGCUGCUACUCCAACUACAGUGUUAGAGUGUGCUGUGACAAUGAGGUUGGGACCUCCCUAUUCUCUGGCUGGCUGGACUUUCAGACACCAGAAGCAGUGCCCUCUGCUGCCCCCCGGAACCUGACAUUUGACCUAACGGAGCAGCAGCUGUCCAUGAACUGGGCGACCUUGGAGGACGAUGAGCUGCAGGGGAAACUGAUGGCCUACAAAGUCCAGUGGAACCUGGGAGGAGAAGGACAGGAGGCUCUGUUCUUUAAAGAGAAUGUGGCCCACCUGUCCGGUGGAGGUCGUUUCUUCAACGCCACCUUCCACGUGUCGGCGUGUACAGUGGCUGGUUGUGGGCCCUGGAGCCAGCCUGUACUGGUCAUGCCCGCCUCAGCAUUGGCAGCCCAGAUGCAGAGAGGCCAUAUGUGGGUGGGUCUUCUGUUGGGCCUGCUGGUGGCCACCAUGGUGGGGCUUCUCUUGACAGUCCUAGUGCACCGCAGAGGGAAGGAGACACAGUUUGGGUCUGUCUUCAAUCCCCCAGGGAAUGAGCGCUUGGUGUCCUUCACUGCAGCCAGGUCAUUCAACAGGACCUGCCCCGAGCUCCCAGAAUCCAGCUUGGACAGUUUGGGUAUCAAUAACGAUCUAAAGGCCAAACUGCAAGACGUCCUGAUCCCAGAAAGACUACUGACCCUCGGACACAUGUUGGGAAAAGGUGAGUUUGGCUCAGUGCGUGAGGCCUUCCUAAAGAUGGAGGACAGUACUGUACAGAAAGUUGCAGUGAAGGUGCUCAAAACGGAUAUCAACUCAUCAUGUGAUAUUGAACAGUGCCUGAAGGAGGCUUCUCAUAUGAAGGACUUCGAUCAUCCUAAUGUCAUCCAGCUCAUUGGAGUGAGUUUGCACAGUCGGCCUCAGCAACGGUUGCCCAUCCCCAUGGUUAUCCUGCCAUUCAUGAAGCACGGGGACCUUCACACAUUUCUGCUCUUGUCCCGCCUUGGAGACGAGCCCUUUACCGUGUCACUGCAGAUGCUCAUACAGUUCAUGUUGGACAUCGCUCGUGGAAUGGCGUACCUGAGCAACAAAAGCAUCAUACACAGAGAUCUGGCUGCGCGCAACUGCAUGCUUAGUGAAAACCUGACAGUCUGCGUGGCAGACUUUGGGCUGUCAAAGAAAAUCUACAGUGGCGACUACUACAGACAAGGAUCUGUCUCAAAGCUGCCUGUCAAGUGGAUAGCACUGGAGAGCCUUGCUGACAAUGUCUACACUACUCAGAGUGAUGUGUGGGCGUUUGGAGUCACCAUGUGGGAGAUCAUGGCACGGGGACAGACCCCUUAUCCCGGGGUGGAGAACUCCGAAAUCUACGAGUACCUCAUCAAGGGAGAGAGGCUCAAACAGCCACCUGACUGCCGAGACGACAUUUAUGAGAUCAUGCAUAGCUGCUGGAGCCCUGUUCCCAAGUGCCGCCCCAGUUUCCUGCACCUGAUUGACCAGCUGGAGGGGCUGUGGGCCAGCCUAUCCCCAGUGCCUAGCUGCAUUAAGGAGGCCCUUCUCUACGUUAACCUGGAGAAUGACAAGGGGGAGCAGGGGGCAGGGGCACUGGGCCCAAGGAAGGACCCCUUCUGGUCAGGAAUGCCCUGGCAGUGUGUGGGGAUGGAGGAGGAUGAGAAAGACUGGCUCAUGGUGUCUUCUGGGGCAGCUCUGGCUGUCGGUGGAGACUACCGCUACAUCAUCGGUCCUACCUGUCAUGGCACUGAAGAGGACGGUGGGAGGCAGGGGGACUCGAUGGAUACCUUGCAGCCAGACGUUAGGGAUGAGGAAUAUGAAGAUGCGUUCAUUAAUGUGUGAUUUUAUAUUUCGACCAUCAUGCUGCCUCCCCUGCCCUCCUUAACUGACCUUGUGU